GCAGGAACCGGCUUUCUCGACUGCAGCCAGCAAAAAUCCGGCAAGACACCGCGCACCAGUCACCAGCUCCAGCAGACCGGCUGACCCGAGCUAGGCUGCAGCCGAGCAAAGAGGGCGGUCCCGGCAGGCAGUUUACAGACAACUGCCUCUGCCCACUUGCCGCCUUCUGGCUGGGCAGGGACGGCGCCAGCCCGCUGUCAAAGAGCGCCCCGUCCGCGCGCUCUGCGGCGGAAGAGGGACCGGGGCCAGGCAACAACCCAUGAGGCGCUCCAGAAACAGCAGCUUCUGCUGCGGCCACCGGGCAACCCUCGCUUUGCAGGGAUCAGCAGUACUUCAGCUAUGCCGUGCCCGGGUUGGCCACCGCGCUCAGUCAGUCGGCAGCGAGCUUGCCAAGGUGGGAUCCUCCGAGCGCCCGUCGUCGCCCCUGGCCCUGGGCUCCUGCGCUCCCACCAAGUCACCAGGGGAGCCGGGCAGCUGAUCUGCGACCGGCUACUGUUAACCCUCUAGUUGCUGCUGCUGCAUUUGGAAUCAUGGCAGCUCUGGAGGAGGGGGGCCGGCCGCCUCCCUUCGACAUUCUCGAUGAAAGCUGAUGCAGAAGAAAGCGGGUCUUGGAUCUCGGAAAGAACUGGAAAGAACGGUGAUGAAGCUGGGGAACCCAGAGAUCGCCAAGCGCUUGCUGGAGAAAGGCGCCGACCCCAACCUGAAAGACAGCGCCGGCUUCGCAGUCCUGCACGACGCUGCUCGCGCCGGCUUCCUGGACACCCUGCAGACUUUGCUGGACUCUCAGGCCGACGUGAACGUGGAGGACAACGAGGGCAACCUGCCGCUGCACUUGGCCGCCCAGGAGGGCCACCUGCCCGUCGUGGCCUUCCUGCUGCAGCACCCGGCCAGCAAGGUGGACCACCGCAACAAGAAGGGAGCCAACGCCUACGACGUGGCCAAGCUCUACAGGCGCGAUGCCGUGGCCCGGCUGCUGGAGGGCCCCUGCGGGCCAAGGGCCGCCGGAGCCCCCAGCGGAGACUAGACAAAAACCCCUGGCCCGCUGGGGGACUUGGACAUGAACGCUCUGUAGAACACCCCAGCCCUGCUCCACCACAGACUGUCCGUGCUUGCUUUUUUCAAUCAAAACGCACCUACACAAUGGCAGCCAAGGGGUGGGCUCUUUUUUUGAACGGACAAUUCUUUGGGGGGGGGGGAUAUGCCCUAGAAGGGGGACCCAGCCUGCUGCUGGCUUUUCUUCUUUCCCUGCCCUUUCCCUCUCCUUGCUCAUCCCUCCCUCUCUUGAAAGGAGCUGUUUCUGAACCUCCUGAGGUGGGUGGGUGACAUCUUUUUAAAGAGAUCGAUUUCCCCCCUCUCCUGAAAAAUUAGCUUGAUUAAUAGUAUAAUAUGAAAAAUGACAUGAAGGAGUGAAAAAUGAUGUGAAAGGGCUUUGUGCCCCAGGGUGGGGAGAAAAAAAACCUUAUGGAUGUGAAAAGAGUUAUGUGAAUAGGUAGCUAAGCAGUAGCACUAACAGCAGUUUUAGCUCCUGGCAGGUUUUGUUAGAGCUGGCAUGCUGGGAAACUGCUUUGAACUACUGUUGUGUAGAAAUCUGUGAGAAUUCCUUCUAUGUAAUUUUUUUUAAGGACACAUGUUUAAUUGAUGGGGGGCGGGGACAGGCAAAUUAUUUGUUUUAAUGCUGGCAUUUAGAAAUAGUUGCUUUUCACAGACUUGGUUGUAAAGAUCAAUCUGUCCUGUUUCCAAAUGUUAGGAGAUCCUGAAUGAACAACAACAGAAAGUGUCCUCCUCUAGCUUUUCACAAAACAAUAUUAGUUGCACAAAUACACCAGUUUGGAAUAAAGACAGAGAAUUACUGGCAAGA